ACGAGGCAUUAUUAUUCAGUUUCACACACCUUAAGGUGGCGCAAAUAUCAUAUCUAGCAGGUUUCCUGAAAAAUACAAACCUGGCAUACCUGAAUCUCGACUUUAAAGCAACUUCCACAGUUGCUUACAACCUCGAACGAAUCCACUACAGGGAAUACUCCAAGUUAAUAUUUUUUUGUCAGCACAAGUUCAUUUGACUUACUCCCUAUCUUGAAACCUUUAUUCUUAACGAAUUACCUCUCAGAUUUUUAAUUUUCUCGGAAUCGGUUGAACAUAACCUCCUUUUGGACAUAAUCCUUAGAGGUAUCCCCUAAAAUUAUUACGUUUCCGUAUUUAUCUCCCUUGAGACUACCUCCUUCGCCACGUAUCUUCAGAAGUAAUCCUUUGAACGCCUCUCCAAAUCUUUCAUAAUACGCACGGAAUCUUUUAGUAACAUCUUUCGAACUAUUCACCAUGUUGAACCGAAAACGCCACAUCUCCGGUGACGUCUCCACACCAAAACGCUCCAAUAUCCCUACCAAUCCCGUCACGCCCCUCGCGACACUCUUCAGUAUGACCGCUUCCCCAGACCUCACUAUCUCCCGCGACAACACGCUCAUCGGACGCUCUUCUCAGUGUGACAUCAAGCUCUCGGGUCCGGAUAUUUCUGGAAAGCACUGCCACUUCGCGGUGGUGCGCGCAGACGGGCGCGAGUAUCUCAGUCUCACGGAUCUUUCCUCGCACGGCACUUUUGUCAACGGUGAGCUCCUUGGCAACGUGAAACAACGGGUUUUGCAAAACGGAGAUAAAAUUGCAUUUGCACAGUCGGGCUCUUACAUUCUCCGUUACCAGGGCCUACAAACGUCCUUCUUCGACCUGUACACGCUUGGUGAGGUGCUCGGCGCAGGCCAUUACGCGCAGGUCCGCGAGGCACGUCACCGGCGCACCGGUGCAGUGCACGCAGUGAAGAUUUUCCAGCCACAGGUGGCGCAAUCUGGCACGCUUGCUAAGUUGAACCAGGAAUUAGAGCUCCUCAUGAGCAUGGACCAUCCAAACGUGGUGCAAUUGAUAGACAACUUUAAUGAGCCUGUUAACCGCUCAUCGGUAGUGAAAUACCUCGUGUUGGAGAAGGUCAACGGUGGUGAAUUGUUCCAGCGCGUAAUCAGCAAGGGAAAAUUGCGCCAGGACGAAACCAACGCUAUCUUCCGCCAGCUCCUCCAGGGUCUCACAUACUUACACAGCAAGGACAUCAUCCACCGCGAUAUCAAGCCCGAAAAUAUCUUGUUGGAGAUCACUCCGCGGACGGAUACGGAUCAUAGUUCUCAUAGCCCUUGGGACGCGCACGAACUCGUGGUGACGGUGAAAAUUGCAGACUUUGGUCUUGCAAAGUGUAUUGGCGAGUUGAACUUUACCCAGACACUUUGCGGCACACCGGCGUACGUGGCCCCGGAGGUCUUGUGCCACUCAGAGGCUCGCAAAUACUCCAAGUCUGUUGACUUAUGGUCGGCAGGGGUUCUUUUGUAUGUCUGUCUAUGUGGGUUUCCACCUUUCAGUGAUGAAUUAGGACCGCCCUCGAUGCGGCAGCAGAUCUUGGAAGGUAAAUUUGCAUUUUUUAGUCCGUAUUGGGAUGAGAUCGCAGACCCUGCGUUGGAUUUGAUAGCACGCCUUUUGGUGAUCGAUCCUGCCGAGAGGUUGACUGUCGAAGAGGCAUCAAGGCAUAUUUGGUUCAUGGGAAAAGUUGAAAAUAGCGAAAGGAUAAAUGUCGAGGUGGAAAGUAUGGAAAAUACUGAACUGGAAAAGAUAGAUGUCAUGCGCGAUAUCGACAGCUACAGGGAGAUCCAUGCGAAAGCGAUGAGUGUGCGAAUUCCCGUACGAAGCGGAACGGUGCCGCUCACAUUGAGCGAGAGGUAUACAUCAAACGAGAAGCUGCAUAGUUUCCAUGGUGCUACGAGGGGUUUGUCAGAUGUGGAAAUGGCGUAGUUGAAGGGUUACAAAUUAUUUUCUUAUCAAUUCUUCAUGGCAUUGAGACUUUUGAUUACUGCUACGCUCCAGGGAAGGUUCUUCUCUUCGCGUUCGAAUGUGAGUGAAUCCUCUUUUACCGUUGCUUCAUCUCUGAUAGCCCAAAUUUAAGUGACUCCUUUACCGAGCCUUUUCCCUUUCUUUGCCGCAUAUAUGCCCUUCAAACAAUUCUGCAAUGGUUUCCUCAUCUAAUCAUAUCGAAAAGCCUGAGUUUUAUUUACACACCAAC